UCGAAUGAAUUUUUUAUGCCCACAUCGUAUGUAUUGUUGCACUACAUACCUUCGCUCGGUCUGAUAACGAAACAGUUAACGCUUUAACGUACCUGCGAGAAGAACGUGUCACGCCGCAUUUUUACUUGCGCUCUUCUCGUUAGAUUAUUAUAUCAAAAUUCGCGUAUGUGUGUGUACGUUUAAUAAUCAUUCAGUUAAACAUGAAAAAGGUCAAGAUGCAAAGUCAAGAAAAACUGCCAAUAACAGAAGCAAAAUUUUGGACUAUUCUGAAGAAGCAGGCUGCCGAAUUUUGUCACGAAACCGGAUUGCAUGGUUACAAGUAUAUCAGUCAAACUCAGCGCACUAAAACGGAACGGAUUAUUUGGGCAAUAGCUGUACUUGCGUCGUUAUCCUGUGCUCUCGCUUUAAUUGAUAAGUCCUGGAGUUAUUACUCCUCCCAUCCUACCCUGACAGUCAUCGAAUCGACGCAUCAUGGUAUAUGGAAUUAUCCGUUUCCCGCAAUAACGGUAUGCGAUAUUAAUCGCAUGUCUUAUAACCUGACUAAGAACUUUGUCGAGAAUUUAAAGACACCAGCUAAUGUCUCGAAAGAAUCUUUAAUUCAAGAGAUGCGGUUGAUGAAUGAAUUGAUAAUACCGGGAAUAUUCGGAUCCAAUGCGGACGUUGAAAGAAAUCUUACUCGUCUACAAGACAUUAUAGAUGACAAUAAAUUGUCUAUUAUCGAAGUGUUAAACUUGAUAACACAUAACUGUAGUACUUUUUUAACAAUAUGCAAAUGGAAAGGUACAGCUGAUCGAUGUGAUAGAUUCUUCAAGCCAAGUUUAUCGCGAGACGGCUUGUGCUGCAGUUUUAAUUAUUUUACUUAUCCAGACGAGACGAUAUCAUCCGACAAUAUGGUAAAAUCUGCCGCUUGUGGUUUUGAGACUGGCAUGACUAUAAUUGCAAAUUCUGAACCUAGUGAUUAUCAUGCUGCAAUUAUUGGAGCAUAUGGAGUAAAGGUCAUGAUACAUUACUCAUUCGAUUAUCCGGAUUUUAAUUCUGAAAUUCAAUUGGUACAAUUAAAUAAUCAACAUUUCUUAAGCGUCAAUCCCUCGGAAAUGUAUUCAACACCCGAAGUGAAGAAUUCGGCGAUUUCUACGCGACAGUGCAUAUUUAACGAAGAAGAUGAUAAAGUAAUAUUUCAAAAUGUCAAAGAGAGGAAUUUAACUUAUAUAACAUAUUCGUAUCACAACUGCCUUGCAGAAUGUCGAGCUAGCAUUGUAAGGGCAAAAUGCGGUUGCAUCCCUUAUUACUUUCCACAAAAUAGUACCAGAGUGUGUAAUCUUAGAGACAUCAAAUGCCUGAAGAAAUAUAAGUCGCUUUUCGAUACUUCAUGGCCAGAAUUGAAGCAAGAUUACAAAAAUCUACCAAAAACACAUAAUAUCAGAGGACCUUGCGGAUGCAUACCGGACUGUACACUAUUUCGUUACCCCAUAGAGAGCUCCGCUGGGGCUCUCGAUCCUACUGUUUAUUAUAACAAUGGCAGUUUUUCAAAAAACCCUCGUAACGCUUUUAGCAUACAAAAUCAUAGUAUAAUACAUGUAUUCUUCAACGAUUUGGUCGGUUUUCAAUUUCGACGGUCAGUUAAUUAUAGUUGGCGCAAUUUGUUUGCAUCAUUUGGUGGUUUACUAGGAUUGUUUGCUGGUUUCAGUCUUAUGUCCAUCUUCGAAUUUUUGUAUUUUUUUGUAAUACGUGUGAUAACUGAUGCAUGCAUCAAUUCAAUAAGACACAGCAAUACAUAUUAAUAUAUUAUAAUAAUUUAAAAAUGAUAAAGAUCUAGAAAUAAAAUCAAAAUUAAUUAAAUCGCCAUCGGCUUUAAUGCACCUUUUCCUAUAGAAAGAAGUUUUUAUAUAUCUGAUUUAAAAAAUCUAAGCUUUUAAAAUGGAAAAUAAUAACUUU